GCUACUUGAAAUUCGCGAUAUUUCAUAGUAAAUUGGUUAGUGCAUCUGUGAUCAACUACGUUACGAAAAUGAGCGCCGCUAAAAUUAUAAUCACACUAGCAAUCAUUGGCGUUUGUUGCAUUUCGUUUGCAACUUCUAUAAAAUGCUUUACUUGCACAACUUCCAAGGAUUGUAAGAAGCCCAGCAAACUGGAAUGCAACCAAACAUUGGCCAACCAGACCAGAGAUUAUCUAAAGUUAUACUAUACGGGCGUGCCAAAUGUUACCAGCAAUAGCUUCGAGUGUAUGCGCGAUUGGCUGAAGACGCCAACCAACGAAAUGAUGCAUAAGGGUUGCAUUUUUAGUAAUUUCCAGAGUUGUGGUUACACUGUAAAUUCAUACUUCGCUGCAGCCCACGAUCGCUCGUGCAAACAGUGCAACACUGAGGGCUGUAAUCCCGCUGAUCGUGCCAUCGGCAGCCUGAAGGUAGUUGUGUAUGCUAUUAUUGUGACGGCAUUGGCCAAAUGUGGUGCUUGGCGUAAUUAA